AGUUUUAAAAAGAGUUGGAGGCAAAAGACUGUGUAUAAUUUCAACGAAAACAUAGAAUUUCAAUCAAAGGAAACUUUCCGUCAUGGCCGAGGAUGAUUUAGCUGCUUUAGUUGUGGACAAUGGGUCCGGAAUGUGUAAAGCUGGGUUUGCGGGAGAUGACGCACCCAGGGCUGUGUUCCCGUCCAUCGUAGGUCGUCCAAGACAUCAGGGAGUGAUGGUUGGUAUGGGACAGAAGGACAGCUAUGUCGGCGAUGAGGCCCAGAGCAAGAGAGGUAUCCUCACCCUCAAGUACCCCAUCGAGCACGGUAUUGUCACAAACUGGGACGACAUGGAGAAGAUCUGGCAUCACACCUUCUACAACGAGCUCCGUGUGGCUCCUGAGGAACACCCUGUCCUUCUGACAGAGGCUCCCCUCAACCCCAAGGCCAACAGGGAGAAGAUGACCCAGAUCAUGUUUGAGACCUUUAACUCUCCCGCAAUGUACGUGGCUAUCCAGGCUGUGCUGUCCCUGUACGCUUCCGGUCGUACCACAGGUAUCGUCCUCGACUCUGGGGAUGGCGUCAGUCAUACAGUGCCAAUUUAUGAAGGUUACGCCCUUCCUCACGCUAUCUUGAGGUUAGAUCUCGCUGGACGAGAUCUUACGGAUUACCUCAUGAAAGUUCUUACGGAACGUGGGUAUUCCUUCACAACCACAGCUGAAAGGGAAAUCGUCCGGGACAUCAAGGAGAAGCUGGCGUUUGUAGCAUUAGACUUUGAACAGGAAAUGCAGACCGCAGCAACUUCAUCAGGUCUCGAGAAAAGCUAUGAAUUACCAGACGGUCAGGUCAUCACCAUUGGCAACGAAAGAUUCAGAUGUCCAGAAGCUCUCUUCCAACCAGCAUUUUUGGGCCUGGAGAAUGCUGGCAUCCACGAAACAGCUUAUAACAGUAUAAUGAAAUGUGACGUCGACAUCCGUAAGGAUCUCUACGCAAACAUAGUUCUUUCCGGCGGAAGUACGAUGUUCCCUGGGAUAGCUGACCGAAUGCAGAAGGAAGUUACUUCACUGGCACCUCCGACCAUGAAAAUUAAGAUAAUUGCUCCACCAGAACGGAAAUACUCGGUCUGGAUAGGAGGCUCCAUCUUGGCUUCUCUGUCCACCUUCCAACAGAUGUGGAUCAGCAAACAGGAGUACGACGAAUCCGGUCCAAGCAUUGUUCAUCGUAAAUGUUUCUAAACGUCUGAACGACCAUGAUCAAACUAUAAAU